AUGGAACGGUCGAAAACAGCACCAUUGGAUUUGGAAUUUUUCGAGUUCGACGAGGGAACGUUUGAGCGCGUUGAAGAUGGCCUACUCUGCCUUAUGGACCAUUCCAAUCGCUGGCGCAGUUUGAAAUUGCGCGGUUACGAUCAUCCCCAUAUCACUCUGCCUCCAGCCUUUCGACAGCUUCGAGGUCAUCUUUCGAAUCUACAACAUUUUCUGUUGCAUUAUUCAUGGCGGAACGCCGACAUGGUUUCCUUCACUUCCGACCUGGACAUCUUGAGCGAAUGUCCCUUGUUGACUUCGAUCGAGCUGAAGAUUCAAAAUCCGCUGUUCAACCCCCACUUCCCAUGGUCUCAAAUUCAAUCUCUAAAACUCGCGCACUGUGGUCUCUCACAAGUAAGGCGGACACUGGCCUCUUGCAACAACCUCAAGCGCCUAGAGUUGUCGUACUUUCUUUCGGGCCCUAUUACCACUCUUGACCAAUUACGAUGCUUGUCUGUUGAACGAUUGCUAGACGAUGAAUUUUUCCACUUCUUCCAGUCGUAUAACCUCCCGUCCUUGUCACACCUCAAGAUCCGUGACGGAUGCUUGGAUCUGCAUUUCCUGGAAACUUUCCUUAAUUGUUCAUCUUGUUCCAUCACAUCACUUAACUUGGGACUCCUACGUCUCUCUGAUGUGGAUUUACUCCAUCUUCUCACACUUGUACCCAAUCUCACCACUUUCUCCUACGAAGAAUAUUCAGAGCCGAUGUUGCGCUCAGAAGGAAGACCCAUGAAUCAGGUCGUCACGACCACAUUUCUGCAACAGCUCGUCCUGGAUUCAGGUGACGAACACUCUACCCGUUUUCUUCCCCAACUGGAAGACCUUACUCUCACAAUCUACCCGCUUGAAAAUUCCGGCCGACAAGCACUUCAACACAUGCUCGCCUCGAGAUCCACUGGACAACUACGAAAAUUCACCCUCGCUGUUAGGGAGGUCGAAAAACAAGUAUCGGACUAUGAGUCACUGCAAUGUUUUAGAGACGUCGGAAUCCAGAUCCAUCUUUGGUUGACAUGA